AUGUGUGGCGACUUGUUUAUGGAAGGCAGUUUUUAUUCGAACUGUUGUCAUGUUUGUAAGUUGCAUCAACCCGAUGUUGAUGUGAAGCGAUGCAGCAAAUGUCGAAUGAUUUCAUAUUGUUCUGUGAAACACCAAAAGGAACAUUGGCCAAAGCAUAAACAUCUGUGCAAAAGUAUUGUGAGAAUAUGCCACAAUAGCGGGGUGUCGGCGUUAUUUGAAACUCCCAAUCCGCACAUGACGGCGAGAGAAUGGUGUACUCUUCGCACGAAAUAUAUGGCUGCUGCUGAAGUCUUUGUAGCAAGAAAACUAUAUAAAUACGAGCGUGAGAUGUUUUUCUUCCCAAGAGUUUGUAGGGUCUGCAAAAUGUUCAAUAACGGCGAUUUGAUUGAUUGUGGCGAUUGUCUGUCAGCAAGUUACUGUUCAGUUGACCAUCAGUUAAAAGAUUCAACGAAUCACUCGGGAGUGUGCAGUGAUUUGAAACUUUGUUUGGAAAUUGACACAAAAGUGAAAAAUGAUUUGGAUUUUAGCACCCUAAUGGUGACAAGUCAAGAAGAGUAUACUCUUUUGCCCAAGAACACAAUAGAUUUUAUACAGUCCCAUAUUACGUUUUAUAAACAGGUUACACUGCCUCCACAGUUGGUAUUUGCGUAUGUGUCAGAGAUUUUCUCGUGUCCUUUAACGCUGUUGUAUGCCCUCGAGAGAGAGAGAAUUAUGAGAGCCUCCCUUAUUGUACAUGUUGUUGGCGCUAGUUAUCUUGAGUGCUCCUUUUUCUUCUCUUGGGAAAGUGUGUUGCACUGGUUACCACAUGUAAAAUAUUUAUCUGUUGUGUUCAUUGGACCAGAUGUUAUUGAGGGUAAAAGUUUCACAUUGUGCUCGGGAUGUGAAAAAAAGGGAAAGGGGAUCAACAUUAAACUUUACAGUGGCAUGUAUCAUGACUUCGUUAAGUCAGUUACUUAUGAGACUCCGUCUAUAAUCGUGGCAUACAAUAGUGGUAUUAAUGAACAGAGUUCUCACGACACAUGGGGCCAGUCCAUACCAUUUUUUCUGAAAUAUGAUACAGUACCGUUUGUUUUAACUUCAUAUACGUUAUCGGAGGCAAUAUCAGAUUUAAAUAAAAUAUGCGAAAUUGCAGGUUGUGAAAUUACUAUUUCUGUUUCUUGUGAAAGAAACCGAUUUUCAAGCCAACGACCUUACCGAGAUUGGGAGACAGACCCCUUAUGCACAUUUUUCUAUAACAACUACUUGAGUAUUGUAAAGCGUGGAAGUGAGAGUACAAAAUAA